CGCCUCCGCACCUGUGACAGGGCGGCCCCUCCCUUUCUCCCUGGGGAGGCCCGGAGCCUCGAGAAAGGGGCGGAGCUCCGCAGGCCCUUGGGCUCUGGGCGGGCACCUGCGCGGGCUGUCCCUGCUCGCCGGCCCUAGACCUGUAGCUGCUUUUACUCGUCCUUCAUUCCUUCAAACUAUGCGUUGACGUUUACUGUUUACCAGUUACCAGUUAAGCAUGGGGCCAAAAAGUGAGAAAAAACACACGCCCCACCAUGCCCUCCUGGAACUCACGGGCUGGUGAAGGAGAGAGACAUUAAUCAGAGAAUCACUGUAGCAAGAUUGCGACUUUGAGAAGCGCCGGGAAGAAGUGUUUGUUCGAGGAGAGCUAGAGCUAGAUGGGCUGUGAUUUCAUCUGAGCGUCAAGGAAGGCUUCCCUGGGGAAGCUACACGAAGCCAAAAGAUGAGGAGGAUUCUGUUAUGAGUUGCUAAAAUCAUGGUGAAAUGUUGCUCGGCCAUUGGAUGUGCUUCGCGCUGUUUGCCCAAUUCCAAGUUAAAAGGACUGACAUUUCACGUAUUCCCCACAGAUGAAAACGUCAAAAGAAAAUGGGUAUUAGCAAUGAAAAGGCUUGAUGUAAAUGCUGCAGGCAUUUGGGAGCCUAAAAAAGGAGAUGUGUUGUGUUCAAGGCACUUUAAGAAGACAGAUUUUGACAGAAGUGCUCCAAAUAUUAAACUGAAACCUGGAGUCAUACCUUCUAUCUUUGAUUCCCCGUCUCACUUACAGGAGAAAAGAGAAAAACUUCAUUGUAGAAAAAACUUCACCCUCAAAACCCUUCCAGUCACAAACCACAAUCACCAGCUUGUUGGUGCUUCCUCAUGUACUGAAGAAUUCCAAUCCCAGUUCAUUUUUGAACAUAGCUACAGUGUAAUGGACAGUCCAAAGAAACUUAAGCAUAAAUUAGAUCAUGUGAUCAGCGAGCUAGAGGAUACCAAGAAAAGUCUGCGGAAUGUUUUAGACCGAGAAAAACGUUUCCAAAAAUCAUUGAGGAAGACAAUCAGGGAAUUAAAAGAUCAAUGUCUCAUCAGCCAAGAAACAGCAAAUAGACUGGAAGCUUUCUGUUGGGAGUGUUGUCAGGAGAGCAUAGAAAGAGACUAUAUUUCAUGAAAUAAUUCCAUGUUCUGUUCUACCUAAAAUUAAUAUUGGUACAGCUUUUUAGAAAAUAGUUCUCAUUUACCAUCAUUAAAUAUUAUCCAUUAUUUAGAGUGCUUCUUUGGCUCUCCCAUAGCAUAAUGCAUUUAGUUGUUAUCCAAAGGGUUUUUUUUGAAGACGUACAGAAAUGUGCGCUAGUUAUCAUGUUUUUGUAUGAUUUGUGACAAUUAUGUUUUUAUAGACCUAAACUAGUGCCAGGUCACUAUCGUAAGAUGUUAAGAGAUCCACAAGUUUCAACAGGACUUAGGAAAUUAUAUCAAAUUAGCCACAUUAAGACAUGGUUUUAGGAACUGGACUCUGCUUCAACAGCAUCAGAUUUUUGGCUUCAAAGGAGUACCUUGACUUAUAUAUGCUUUAUGGUAAGUACGUUGAAUUACACUUUAAAUGUAUUUUACUAUAAAGCAGAAUUCAUUUAUAACACAAGGCUAUCUUGGAUCCGAUCCAAGUUGCUUUUGUUAUUAGUAAUACCAGAAGUUGUUUUUGUUUUUUUUUUUUUUUUACAUAGCAUCCCAUAGUCCUGACCCUGAGAAUAGCAAUGGUACAGAUCUGUUGGCUUUUAAAGUUGUUCAGAGCCAGGUUGAGAAGACCUCUGACAAGGUCUCAGUUUUUCAGUAUGGUACAUCAUUCCUCCCCUCUAAGUAGAACUUGAUACAAAUGUGCAUAGGUUUAAAAAGCAAAAAAAAAAAAAAAAAAGGUCCUAAAUCUGAUUUUUAAAGUUUGGUCGUGGACAGUUGUUCUGAACAUUUUGUUUCAUUAUAAAGGAGUGUCUUCAAACUCUAGAUGCUAGUACUACCUGGAUAUUUUUAAUGCUCCUUUGUAUUUUACAGAAAGUAACAUUGCUGACAUUUCUAAAAUACAAAAUACAGAUGAAAUCAUUAAAAAAUAAUGAUUGUGGCUCUUCCAGUUGCAAUAGGAUUUGGAGAAAGGGUUAGAAUAUUUUCCUGUAAUUAGGAGAGUCUACUGUCCAAAGACUUUUAUUGAAAG